UUUGAUAACUGGCAACUUCUGAAAUUUAUGCGUUCCUCGCGAGGGCGUCAGAAAUAUUUGCGACGUCAUUAUACCGUAAGCUAAGUCAUUAGGAUAAACAAACUAUCAAUUUUGACUUCAGUUUUAACUUGUAAUUUUAUCGUGAAGUUUAGCGGAAGACGUCUCUUAUUUUAAGAACAUUUAUUCCAAAUGGCUUCAGGAGGUGAUUCUGCAAUUGUACUUGUAACUGGUGCUUCUGGAUAUGUUGCUUCAUACAUCAUCAAACUACUGUUAGAUGAAGGCCAUAAAGUUAGAGGAACUGUUCGAGAUUUGAAUAAUGAAAAAAAGAUCAAACCUUUAAAAGAACUGAGCCCUGAAGCUCGUUUUCCUCUUGAACUGGUAGAAGCAGAUUUAUUAAAAGAAGAAACAUGGAAAGAGGCUGUCAAAGAUUGUACUUACGUUAUUCACACUGCAUCACCUUUCCCAAACGCAUCACCAGCAAACCCUGAUGAAGUUAUUAAACCAGCUGUAGAAGGUACUAAAGUAGUUCUACAAGCAUGUGCUGAUGCUGGGACAGUAAAAAGAGUUGUACUCACUAGCUCUGUUGCUUCUGUUCAUGGGGAAAUGAUAAUGGAAGAAGGCAAAGUAUACAAUGAAGGUGAUUGGACAAAUACAGAAUCUAUUUCGCUUGAUACUUAUUCAAAAAGUAAAACUCUCGCUGAGCGAUUUGCUUGGGAUUUUGUUAAAGAACUGCCCGAGGAUAAAAAGUUUGAACUGGCUGUUAUUAAUCCAGCAUUGGUGUUGGGGCCUGUUUUGAACGGAGAGCCUGGAACAAGUGUAGAGGUUAUAAAGAAGCUUCUUGAACGGGCUAUGCCAAUGAUUCCUAAAGUAAAUUUUGAUGUUUGUGAUGUAAGAGAUGUUGCUUUAGCGCAUGUAAAAGCUAUGACUCUACCUAAUGCAGCUGAUCACAGGCAUAUUGUGACCACUCAAAAUGUGUGGCUUAAAGAUAUAGCUAUGGUUCUUUCAAAGGAGUUUAAGCCUCAUGGUUACUGUGUACCAACAACUAUUGCUCCUUACUUUGCUGUCUGGUUAAAUAGCUUUUUCGACAAAACUGCUAAGUCUAUAUUGCCACGAAUUGGAAGGGAAUUCAGAUUUGACAAUAAAAGGAUGAAGGAAGAAUUGGGAAUUACUCCAACUGAAUUAAAUCAAACUUUGAUUGAUACUGCUUAUAGUUUAAUUGAAGGUGGAUUCGUGAAAAAACAAAAGAAAUACAAGCAAAAUAGGAAAGAUUCUGUUGCAGAACCAAAUAAACAAAGUGAAGAAAAAACUGAUCAAACUGAGGAAACAAAAGAAAAUGAAACAGAAAAAGGCACUGAUGAAAUGAAAGAGUUAGAACCAGAAGACAAACCUGAAAAGUUAAUUUGUGGAGAAUCUGAAACUAAAGCUGUAGAAACUCCUGCUGCCCAGUAGACUUUUAUGCUUGAAUACAUGUGCGUUUGCUAUUUCCUCUAAGAUUUUAUUAUCUGUGCCUUUUUGUUGCUAUUUUAAAAAUAUUACUUUCAUGCUACCUGGUAAAAAAGAAAAAAAAUAUUUUAAUACCAUUCCUAUGUGCAUUUUUUUCUGUUUUUUGGAUUUGUAUAGAAAUAAGAAUAAGAUGCUUCAACUUAACUGUUCAGCUUAUCUUUUUACUGAAUAUUAAAGCUUUAAUUCUAUCUUCUGUGAUAUUUCAGUGUGUAUAUAAACUCAUCUUAUGUAGAAAUAUGGUUUAUGGGUUUUAAUUCUUGUAAAUUUUAAGGUAAAAUUAAUAUUUGUUUUGUUGUGUAUUUUUAAAAUUUGUUACUAAUCAUACUGUUUGCGGCAUUUUGCACUUAUAGUGACAAAUUUAAUUUUAAUUAAUUUUAGGUUAUUAGCAAGUAUUAUAUAAACUUUUUUUUAACAUUAAAUAGUUCAUAAUUUAAGCAAAUCCAAAUGACCACUAAGAACUAUGUUAUGUUUGCAAAUGGAUUUUUUUGUUUUAUUUAUUUACUUCGGCCAGUUUAAUUUGCAACCUUUUUCAACAACUUGUUUACUUUUAAAAGAAAGCCAGUUUGAUUUAUAGUAGUUAGCAAGCUUUUCAAUAAAUUGAUUAUUCUUCUAAUGAAAAGUAUUUACAAGUUUGAAUCAUUCCAGUGUAUUAAUAAUAAAAUAUACAUGUUGUGAGUUCUCUUUAUACUUUUACACUUACCUAGUUAGCCUUGAAAUUUUUAAUGUUUUAUUUCUAUAAAAUUUUGCUUGUGCUUGUCUACUGAGUGACUAAAAAUGUGCAAUUUACAUAACUCUUUGUAUGAACUUGUAAGUGUUUGUUACACUCAUAUACAGCGUUAUUUGGAAACUAUAUACACCAUUAGAAGAGCUUUUUUAUUGCAUGUGAUCAUGAAUUUAAUUUGCUCAAAGUGAACUUUUUUUUUAAUGUUUAAGUAUUUAUAAAGUAAUUUGUCAUUGAUGUUUAAUUUUUUAUUUACAUUUACAGUAUUUUUUUAUUGCACUUUGUUUUAUAACUGAGCAGCUAGCUUAUUGCUUAAUGCCCUUGAAAAGUUGUGUAAUCUACUUAUUUUUGUUUUUAAUUAUUUGUAAUGUUUAAUAUGUCAUUCAAUUUUAUGCUGUUGUGCAUAGGUAAAUGAGUUUCACAAUUUUGAGUGAAGUAUCUUAACCAAUAUUGAAUUUUCACACUGAAGUGCACAACUGUAAACUGCACAAUAAAAUUUUAAUGUAAUUCUGAAA